AUGGUGGACGUGGGAGGCCAGAGAAGCGAACGCAGGAAGUGGAUGCAUUGUUUCCAGGACGUGACGGCGGUGAUCUUCUGCGUGGCGCUGUCCGAGUACGACCUAAAGCUGUACGAAGACGACAGCACCAUGCGAAUGGAGGACUCGGUGAAGCUCUUCAAGGAGGUCUGCAACAACAAAUGGUUCAAGGAGACCGCAAUGAUCAUCUUCUUGAACAAGAAGGACAUUUUCGAGGAGAAGAUUCAAAAGGUGGACUUGAGCGUGAGGAAGGACUACGAUAAGGCGGUUCACUACAUCAAGGAGAAGUUCAAAGCACAAAACGAGAACGUGCGAAAGGAGCUCUACUUCCACUGCACCUGCGCCACCGACACAUCAAACAUCGAGGUGGUGUUCGACGCGGUGAAGGACAUCAUCAUCAUGGGGGUCAACGGCAUGGACGGAGGUAUUUAA